CCAUCAUGGGAAUCGCCUCGAAGAAAAGCGUAAGUCGUUGGACAUCAUGGCUCACAAAAAACAUGCUUCUCCUAAUGACAAUGGCUGGAAUUGUGAUGGGUGUGAUCAUUGGUGGAGUACUUCGAACAGCUGAUCCAUCACCAGAUGUCAUACGAUAUGUUGGUUUUCCUGGAGAACUAUUUAUGAAUAUGCUCAAGGCAAUGGUUCUGCCACUUAUUGCAGCCAGUAUCGUAUCUGGACUCUCCCAAUUAGACGGUAAAACCUCAGGACGCCUUGGUUCUCGUGCUGUUAUGUAUUAUGCAAUUACCACAACUCAUGCGGUGAUCCUUGGUAUUAUCGUUGUUUCAAUCAUUCAACCUGGUGAUCCAACAAUCAAACAAAAAAUGGGUUAUGAUAAGGAGGGAGAAGCAGCAAAUGUCUCAGCUGCACAGAAAUUUUUGGACUUGUUCAGAAAUGCAUUCCCGGAGAAUAUCAUGAGAGCAACAUUUUCUCAAGUGCAAACUAACUAUAUCAACCAGACUCAUUCGAAUGGAGCAACACAUGAAGUACUUCAUACAGGAUAUGUAGAUGGAAUGAAUGUACUUGGAAUCAUAGUCUUCUGCAUUGUAAUGGGGCUUGUAGUUUCUAGAAUUGGAGAAGAAGCCAAAGCACUCGCAAAUCUAUUCCAUGCUCUGGACGUGGUUAUCACUCGAAUGGUGAUGCUUAUCAUGUGGUUGGGACCAAUUGGUAUUCCAUCUCUCAUCGCUCAAAAAAUGUUGGAAGUUUCGGAUUUAUGGUUAACAGCGAGGAUGUUAGGAUUGUUCGUUUUUACUGUUAUACUUGGAUUGGCUAUUCAGGCAUUCAUCACUCUCCCGCUCAUCUAUUUUAUCGGUACUCGCCACAAUCCAUACACAUUUUUGAAAGGAUUAGGUCAAGCUAUCAUGACUGCAUUGGGAACAUCUUCAAGUGCCGCUUCACUUCCUGUUACAUUCAGAUGUUUAAACAAACUUGGAAUUGAUCCAAGAGUCACAAAGUUUGUACUUCCGGUUGGAGCAAUGGUCAAUAUGGAUGGGACAGCUCUCUAUGAAGCAACUGCAUCAAUUUUCAUUGCACAAAUGAACGGUCUAGAGUUAUCAAUUGGCCAAAUUGUGACCGUAUCCAUAACGGCAACUUUAGCAUCAAUCGGAGCAGCUUCAAUUCCUUCAGCUGGGCUUGUUACAAUGCUCAUUGUGCUUACAGCAUUGGGACUUCCAGCCAACGAUAUCUCACUUAUUUUAGCUGUUGACUGGUUCUUGGACCGACUUCGUACAUCUGUCAAUGUGAUCGGUGAUGCAUUGGGAUGUGGAUUCGUUCAUCACAUUUGUGCAGAUCAUCUGAAUGCUGACGUUGCAGAAGCUGAGAAGAAUCAUGCUGUAGUAGAGGCUCAUGGAGUGAACUUCGAUGAACUCGAAAAGGAAUGUGAACAAGAAAAUAAUAAUCAAAAACAAAUUGAACAAGUUUGAACUGAUCUUAUGAGUAGAGAUGUUUAGUUGAAGUUUAUCAUAAUUUUUAAUAUUUUACACCUGUGAUAUUUUUCCCGUUUUCUGAGCAAAUUGUAUAUUAUUUGAGCUCAAACCAUAAGCAUUUUGUGUUAUUCUCGAAUUUGUUUCCCCGAUGUUCCCAAAUUCUCAUUUUUCAACCAUUAUUCUCUCGAAAAGAAUGUUUUCCGGUGGUUUUUAAUAUUUUUCUCUUCAUCAAAGCUUUAAUUUCAGUGUGCUUUUUACUUUUUUACCCGAAAAUACCGAUUUUAAUGAAUGUUUCUUAUUAAUUU